AUGCCGCAACAAUACACUUUCCACAACGCCGCCCAGACCACUAUGGUGGGAUGGGAUCCUGCCAUCCUUAGGAACCGCACUCCUGCCCAACGCUGCACCGUCUUUAGCCAACGCUGCACCGUCUACCUUGCCCGCUGGGGAACUAUCGCUGCCUGCCCCCCGCUGAUUAGAGGAGCAGUUACGACCAAUGGUGAAGUGCAUGCUGGCACCACUGCCAAAUGUUAUGGCUGCCACACUGGGAACCAGCUGAUGCCGCUCCCCUAA